GCCAUCUCUAAUUAAGCAGGAAAGUUGAUAUGAAUCGUUUCGUUUUCCGCUCAUUGUUGUGAAAUAAAUUUGGAAUAGAAGAAUAGAGCCACACAUAUUCAAAGCUCAGUAUCCAUAGGGACGUAGUUAUGGAGAGUAAUAGUAGUGAAAUGGAAGGUACCGGCGGAGAAGUCGCAGAAACUGCACCCACAAAUGACUCAUCACCUUCGCUGAACAUUUUAUGUGCAAUUUGCAACGAGUUUUUCCGGGCCAACGACAUAAUUUUCUCAACCUCACGGUGCGGUCAUGUAUUCCAUAAGGACUGCCUCACUCGAUGGCUGAAUAGAUCUAGGACCUGCCCCCAAUGCAGAUGCACAUGCGACCGUCAACGCGUGCACCGAUUGUACCUGAACUUCGCCGAGGCACCGGAGUUCGAUGACACCGAAUUGCCCAAGGUGGCCAUCGAUUGGGUGCCCAUUGAUCUGGACAGAGACAGCUUACCGGAUGCCCACCUGCCGCCCGAGGGAGCUGUGCAGUGUGGCACCAACGAAGACGGACUGCCCACGUAUGUGGCCAGAGGAUAUUACCACGACGAUCUCUUGCCUGCUCCUUAUGUACCGGAAAUGAAGGCUGCCUUCGGUUCGCACAGCUGUAGCGCCCGAACUCUGACCGAUGAUGUCGAGAUCCUGGUGCUCAACGACUGUGACUACAAGUGGGUGCCCGGACAGCAUGGAACUUUUCCGCGGGAUGCCCUGAACACGGGCUAUUCCGAGCUGGGUGAGGUCACCUACACGGGUCGCGGUCUUUACGAGGGUGUCCUGCGUCUGGGCAAGGUGCACCCUUCCCACAAGGUCAUGUAUAUCCCGCAUCGUGGUCAAGAGGUGAACGUGAACACCUACGAAGUCCUGGUGGUCACCCCACGUGACCAGGCCGAUCGAUGAUGCUGCUGAUAUCUUAAAUCUCUUAUGCCUUAUUGUAUGAAUCUGUGUUAUAAAUAUGUACGUCUUAUUCUAUUUUUGAAAUAAAUUGGACCUAUAUUUUUAUGUA